AGAUGGCUUCACUAUUACUAUAGGAAAUAUAGCAAUAUAUUUUCUCCCUUCCUUAGCAAUGUCCUUAACAAGGUAUACUUACAGCAGCAAUUGUGACUCUUCCCAAGCCAGGCAGAGAAUUUAUUAAUCCAACAACCUUUCCUCAGCUUGUCUGCAUCCUGCUGGGAAUUGAUUUAAAGCCUGACAGUAAGUAUGGCCUCUUUUCUGCGAUUUUCAGUAAAUUUGAUGCCAUUUUCUGUUAUUUGUUUGUAAUAUUAAUGUGGGAAUUCACAAUACAAUGAGCACCACUGAUGUCGGUUGUGAGCUUUGCAAAAAUACUACUAAAAAAUUUAUUUUGAGGAAGCCUAACCCCUAUACAUAUGGCCAAAAUCCUCCCUGCCUUCACAGACCUGGGCAGUUUGUGGCUAUUGGGGUAUGUAAUUGCACAUGUGGUUAAACUGUCUGCUUACUAAAUCAUUGUGAGGUUUGCUAUAUAAUUAAACAUUGAACAGCACCACAGAAUUGGUAUCUGCUGAAUCUGGUCUGGCUCUUUGCUUCUUGGGUCUUAAUCAGGUUCUGUGUUUUGGCAGAACAAUUCUAGGUCACAUCCGCAGAUAGUGGGGCAAUAAAGCAAACGGUACCUCUGAAAGUUGUUGGCCAUAUAAAUCAUAAAUUCAUGUUCUUUGUCCAAAGCUGAGGAGUCAAAGGAGUGUGGCUAAGCUAAUGAAGUGCCACAGCAUUGCCCACCUCCUAGCUUCCACUCUCCAUGAUUGACAUGCAGGGCUCACUUCCCACAGCUUACUAUGCCUAGUCUUGUAUACAGUUCACAUGUGCUGAAACCUCUGCCAAGAGCAGUCCCCAUGAGUCUGCCUUAUUAGCCCUGUAUGUCAAUCAUGCCAGAGCAGGCAGAGAGGGGAAACUAGGAGGCGGUGAUGCUGCGGCCCCACUUCUUUGACUUCAGUCUGGGAGAAUUUUUAUUUUUUUUUUACAUAAAGAACUAUUCAUUUCAUCAGCCUCUUUUCUGUCAGCCCAUGUCAACCACUCAUAGAAUGAAGAUGUGAAGACAGUUUCCCAUUAAUUAUAGCUUAAUCCUUAAAAAUCAAUUUUUUAUACCCAAACUGUCUUCUUAAAUUGAGUUUACAAUUGGAAAAAUCUAUGGUAACAAGAUGUAACUUCCUCCCUCUAUUGUACAAAAGGUGUCAUUUCUGAUCUACCUCCUCAUUCUGCAAGGAUCUUUAUGUCAGGGCAUCUUCAUAUCUCAGACUUGCUAAUUUUAUUUACUGUUUAAUUGUAACCUGUUUGUCUUUUAGAUGGAUAAUCUUUACAAUAUUUACUUUCCUCCUGCUUUAUAUGUAAUUUUUUUUCCACUGUUACCCUCCUGCAAUUAUAUAUUGCUAAAGUAACUUGACAGUGUUCUCUAAUGUGUUGUAAUAUUUUUGCUGACAGUCAUGAUCUUGCUGCAUUCCCAGUCCUUGUUUUUCAAGUUUAAAAUGUGAUAGUUAAUAAUGCAAAAAGUACAUUUCCUUUAUUAUUAAAUCUACAUGUGGUUGGAGUUCUAUACAGUAAAUUUGCUUAUUAAAUGCCAUCCUUCAAUUAUGUAACAUUAACAGGAAAUGUCUGCAAUUAUUAAUGUUUUACAGUUUCUUGGGACCUGCAAUGCUUGUGUAGAGCUGAACGCUGCAGCAGAAAAUAAUUGUGUCCCAUUAUUAAUUAAUAUUUCCCCUUCAUUGGUUAGGAAUUCAGCCCUGUUCUAGAUUGGUAAAAUAGACCUUUUCUAAUAGGUAAAUAUAAUGGAAUAUGGGCAAUGGUUUGUCACAUAUAAGUACUGUUCUGGGGCAAAUAAACCACACAUCAGUGCUGCUAUGUAAUGGGAUUGGGGCUUUUUUAUUGCCACCGUCUAAAAAAGAUUGAAAAAACAGGGGAAGGAAAAGGAGGGAGGGAGCUGUUCUUCAGCACUGUAUUGCUAUGGAAAGAAGCAGAGAGCUCAACAGCAGAUCAGAAAUUCAGCUUCAAGCAUCUCUCUGCACUCCGCUUCAGUUCCAUUCUACCUAAUGCAGCCACAAGGCAUCUAUAACCUGAGGAAAAUACAAAUAUAAGACAAGCAGUAAGAUGGAAAACAUAUCUGGGGAUUAUUUAGCAAAUUCAUCAAGAAGGUCAGAGUGGCUGAAUGGAUCGAUAUCACAGGCCAUUCCUAACUUCUAUCUGGCAUUACCCAUCAUCUACUCUAUUAUCUGUGCAGUUGGAUUGACUGGAAACACUGCUGUCAUAUACGUCAUCCUCAAAGCUCCAAAAAUGAAAUCUGUCACUAACAUGUUUAUUCUGAACUUGGCUAUAGCAGAUGAACUCUUUACACUGGUCUUACCCAUCAAUAUAGUUGACUACUUAUUGCUUCAGUGGCCCUUUGGAGAGUUCAUGUGUAAACUGAUUGUAUCCAUUGAUGAAUAUAAUACCUUUUCCAGCAUUUACUUUCUAACUGUUAUGAGCAUUGACAGAUAUCUUGUAGUGGUUGCAACUGUAGAAUCUAAGAAACUUUCCUUUCGGACCUAUCGAGCUGCCAAAAUCGUCAGCCUAUGUGUAUGGACUUUUGUAACCAUCAUAAUUUUGCCUUUUAUUAUCUUUGCCAAGAUCCACGAAGAACAUGGCCGAUUGCAGUGUAUUUUUGUUUUUCCUAAUCCAGAGGGCUUGUGGUGGCAGAUGAGUAGGAUCUACACCCUUAUUAUGGGGUUUGCCAUACCUGUGUCAACUAUAUGUAUCUUGUAUACCAUGAUGCUUUACAAACUGAGAAGAAUGAGACUGAAUACCAAUGCAAAAGCCUUAGAUAAAGCAAAGAAAAAAGUGACGUUCAUGGUUGCCAUCAUUUUAGCAGUAUGUUUGCUUUGCUGGACUCCUUAUCAUCUCAGCACUGUGGUGGCCUUGACCACAGAUAUUCCACAGACUCCAUUAGUAAUUGGGAUUUCUCUGUUUAUUACCAGCUUGAGUUAUGCCAAUAGCUGCCUCAAUCCAUUCCUAUAUGCAUUUUUAGACGACAAUUUCAGGAAAAGCUUUCGGAAACUAGUAGAAUGUAGGUCAUCAUGAAGAAUGUAAAGAAUGUAUAAGACAUGUACCUGUCAUAUAAAAUACCAUCUCAGCAUUCUUGUUACCUGGCUGCAUAACCCGUAUCACCUGUAAAACAACUGCUUUUGAGAUAUAUGUGAUUAUUUAUAUCUCAAAUUUUUACAAAGGAGCGCAGCCUACCUGCAUAAUACAAUGGGUUGGGCAUCAGUCUUCACAUUGUGAGAUAAAUAGUCAUACAACAGGUCCCAGUAACUCUUUACUGAAUCCCUGUUUCCUUGGUUAGAAUGCACUCAGAUCUUUGUCAUGCAUAUUAUCUAAUACAGUAUGCUAUUUAAGCAGUAUUUUAACAACCUUUAGAAAGUGAUAUAUUAUAACUUUGGGACAAUGGGGCUUUUUUAAUUCUUGCACAAUUUGAUUGAUAAUGUAUGCUGUAUUGUCAAUGUAUUGCAAAAUAAUAUAUGGUUGUUGCUGUAAAAUUUACAUAAUUUUAACU